AAGAGUACUUUCUUCGCUUACAGAAAAAAGUAAUAAUCAUAAUUGUUGAAAUCUUGCACGAUAGGUAAUAAGGAAAAUAUAAUCUUCUUUUUUACAUACUUAAUUAUGAUGGAAAAUUCCAAAGACGUUUUGACGUCAGACUUACAAUCGAAAGUUCGAAUGAUGGUGUUCUUUUCUAAGGGGCUCUCAAAAAGAUAACCUAUUUCCAACAGCUUCAGUUGGCUAAUCAAGAUGUUCGAAGCAGUGCCACUCAUUUCAAGAGAUCCAGAAGGUGUUGAAAAGACUCAAACGGUUGGACUAGUGUCAUGUGCAUGUUGGGAUCAUCAUGCUACAGUAGGAUGGGAGAAGAGCGGAUUCCUAAUAAUUGCUACAGCGACGCUAUUGGGCUGCGGCUUAAUAUUUCCAUAUCUUACCGUGGUGAUUAAGAACCUAAUGCCGGCAGUUCUUCCUUUCAUUAGCCAAGCAGCGGGUUUACCGCCUUCCCUUGGAGUAUUCGCUGUGUUCAUGAUUUUAGCAUCUGUGUGUGGUAUGGUUACCUUCUCUCUGUUUUAUGAAUACAUAAAUCACAGAAAUGUAAAGAAUUCCAGAUUUAUUAGAAUUCUUAAUAAAGUCGGUUUGUUUGUGACUACCAUUUGUUGCCUGGGUCUGAUAGUUACUGUAUGCAAUCCAGUGGGAUACACUGAUGUUCCUAAUAAAUUCCAAUGGGUGGUAACAGUACUUUAUGAGCAUGGUACAGGAGCUAGCAUGAUUCUUAUAGGAGGAGCUCUGUUUCAGUAUGUUUGGGCCGCUCUUUGGUUCUGCCUCCCAUAUACUACGAAAACAGAAAAAAGCAUCAAGUUAUUCUUUAUUGUCAUAUACUUCAUAUUUUUCAUCAUCACUUUAUAUCCUAUGAUAUCAUUCAUCCUUGAAGAACUUGGUCCAAAUCCAUUUGAUUUUGAGUCUAUGAAAGCUAUAGCAUAUGUUAUGCCUAUUAAGUAUAGUACAGCUUACAUGAUCUGUGCAUUCUGCGAGUGGGCUCUCUGCAUUUUAAGCAUUGUACAUAUUUUGACUCAUUUCAAAGAUUUACAAAGAGUGUCAUUUCGAAUAGUACUGCGACAUAAAUCGUGUCUUGAAGAAAAAGAAGAUCCAGUACCUAGUAUUUCUUUGAAAGUUCUUUCAUGACACGUACUCUGUUUUCCUCUACAAAGGCUGUUUGAAAUCAUUUGAAGUAUUCAAAUAGUUCUGAAUUUCAUGCAUAUUCUGAUCAAUUGAGAAGAGAGAUCAAAUUAAGGAGAAAUUGUUUUCUUAUUUUACUUUAUUUCAAUUCCAGAAUGUGCAAUGAAAUGCAGCACUUAAUCCCAAUGCUAUUUGCAUGUAAUUCUAGUUUAUUUAGGAUUUAAUAAUGCAAUUAUUUUCUAUGCAUUUCGGGAUAGCAGACGUUUCCUGCGUUUUGUUUAAACCAUUGACAUUGCAGCAUAAUCUAAGAUCGUGUGCAGAUAAUCAUAUUAAUACUCAUAAUAGUAUUCUCAAUACCCAGCCUUUCAUUAAUCAGAGAGCCGUGAUCCAGUAAAAUGAUGAAAAUUACUAGUGAAAACUGUUUUCCUCAGCAUAUUUUGGUUAACUUAUUUUAUUAUCUUCUUAAUUUAAUUUAUGUUAUAAAUAAAGUUUUAUUGUUGAAUAUGA